GAGAGAGAGAGAGAGUGCGCGAGUUAAGUACACCGCGGCAUGGACGCGCGAGAUCGAGGGAGAGGGAAGUCGGGGGACUAGUCGGGGCCCGGAACUCUCGGCUCGCCGCGCGGGGUCCGUCGCGACGCUCGCCAGUCGCUCGGAGAGUCCUGUAAGCGCAACGUCUCCGCAGCCGCCUUCUUUGUCAGACACUCACGGUGCGCGCGAGACGCGGAGUUUGGAGAUUUUGGAGCCAGUUUUCCAGCCACGCAACCGAUCACUUCACGUAUGCCCCACGCGACCCGAGGACCGGGAAAAUGCGAGCGCUCGUUGCAGCAGCGCUAGUCGGAGACGGCGACGGCGGCUGACGCCCCGACAGUGCAGCUAGUGCCAAUAUCGAAUUAUCGUCUCGAAAGCCCCGCGCGCGAGUGUAUGUGCAGGUGUGACGGUGCUGUGACUUGGCCGCGAACGGACGGACGGUGACACGAUGCAGGCCAGUAAUCCGGCCUUCCUCGCGAUCCUCCUAGGCACGAUGUUCUGCGUGCUCGGGGCCUCGCUGAGCCGCGCGCUCCGCUACAAGGCCCCGGACGAGUGCGAGUGGCUGGCCGAGGGCAACGCCGAAGAGGACGUUUCCCUCGUUUGUCGCCUUAGGACCAUUAACAGCGAGCUCGAGAACACCAACUUUAGCGUGAUCCAGCCACAACACACGGUGCGGCUCCGGCUCGAGUGCAGCGACGCGCUCUUCUACCAGAGCUCGCUGAGCGCGGGCAGUUUCAGGCCCCUGGUCGAGCUGCGCGAGCUCGUCAUCGAGUACUGCAAGAUCGCCAACCUCUCGGACGACGCGUUCCGCGGGCUCAGGGAGCUUAGGAAUCUGACGGUGCGCACCCACAACACCGACUGGUCCUCCAUGGCCCUCGAGGUCUCGCCGCGAGCCUUCACCGAGGAGCUGGUCCAGCUCGAGAGGCUCGACCUUGGAAACAACAACAUGUGGAGUCUGCCAGAGGCCGCGCUCUGUCCGCUCUACAACCUCGAGCUACUCAACCUCACGCACAACAGGCUGCGUGAGGUGUCGAGCUUCAGAUUUAACCAGGGCAACGGCUGCGCCCACAAUCUCCGCCAACUUGACCUGUCCAACAACAGCAUCGAGUCCCUGCCAUCCGGCGCCUUCUCCGCACUCUCCAGGCUCCACAGCCUUGACCUGAGGAGCAACAACAUCGCCUUUAUAGCCGAUCGGGCGUUCGAAGGACUGACGUCCCUCACGUCGAUCGAGCUGACAAAUAACCGGCUGGCCAGCCUGCCUCCCGAGCUCUUCAUCGACGCCAGGGACAUCAAGGAGAUCCACCUGCGCAACAAUACUCUGGCAGUGCUGCCACCCGGGCUGUUCAGCGAGCUGAAGCAGCUCCUGGUGCUCGACAUGUCGUCGAACGAGCUCACCGCCGAGUGGAUCAACUCGGGCACGUUUGUCGAUCUGGUGCGCCUGGUGGUGCUCGACCUCUCGGACAACCAAAUAACGCGGCUCGAGUCCUCGGUCUUCCGCGACCUCUACAGCCUGCAGAUUCUCAGGCUGCAGGAGAACCUCAUCGAGUAUCUGCCAGAGAACACGUUUUCGGCCCUGUCGAAUCUGCACACUCUGGUGCUCAGCGACAACCGGCUCUCGACGAUUGACGCCACGACCUUCAGCGGGCUUUACGUGCUCAGCCUGCUGUCGCUCGACAACAACAGACUGGUCGACCUGCAUCCGACCUCGCUGAGGAAUGCUUCGUCGCUGCAGGAUCUGCACCUGAACGGCAACCGACUGAUGGCCAUUCCCGAGGCGCUGAAGGCCACGCCGCUGCUGCGCGCCCUCGACCUCGGCGAGAAUCUCAUCUCGGGCAUUCCCAAGGGCACGUUCGACCACAUGGUCCACCUGAGCGGGCUGCGGCUCAUCGACAACCACAUCGGGAAUCUGACCAAGGGUAUCUUCGACAAGAUCCGAGAUCUGAACAUCCUGAACCUGUCGGGCAAUCGCAUCGAGCACAUCGAGCCCGGCACCUUCGACGAGAACCACAAGCUACAGGCCAUCCGGCUCGACGGCAAUCAGCUGAGCGACAUCAGUAACCUCUUCUCGAAGCUACCCAACCUCGUCUGGCUAAACGUCAGCGACAAUCGACUCAAGAUCUUCGAUUACGCCAUGAUACCGACGGGCCUGCAGUGGCUUGACAUCCAUGCCAACAAGAUCAGCGAGCUCGGAAACGCCUACGAACUCGAGUCCCAGCUGCAGCUCAACACCUUCGACGCGAGCGUGAACAAGCUCACCGAGAUCACCGGCAGCGCCAUCCCCACGGGUGUCGAGAUGCUCUACCUCAAUGACAACCUCAUAUCGCGCGUGCAGAGCUACGCCUUCUUCAAGAAGCCCAACCUGACCCGGGUCGACCUCAAGGGCAACCGCAUCCGCAACAUCGAGCCGUACGCGCUGCGCAUCAGCGCGGUGCCGGCCGAGCGCCCGCUGCCCGAGUUCUACAUCGGCGACAACGACUACCUCUGCGACUGCACGAUGGAGUGGCUGCAGCGCGUCAACCUGCAGAGCGAGAGCCGCGUGCAGCCGCGGGUUAUGGACCUCGAGAGCAUCUACUGCGAGCUGCUCUACGACCGGGAGCGACUCUACGUGCCGCUGCUCGAGGCUUCCCACUCGCAGUUUCUCUGCAAGUAUGACACGCACUGCCACGCCAUUUGCCACUGCUGCGACUUCGACGCCUGCGACUGCGAGAUGACCUGCCCGACCAACUGCACCUGCUACAACGACCAGACCUGGACGGCCAACGUCGUCGACUGUUCGAUGGGCGGCCACGUGGCCCGGCUGCCCGAGCAAAUCCCCAUGGACGCGACCCGGCUCUACCUGGACGGCAACGACCUGCGCGUCAUCGCUAGUCACGCCUUCAUUGGCCGCAAGAAGCUCAAGGUGCUCUUCCUCAACGGCUCCAACAUCGAGGUCGUGCAGAACCGCUCGUUCAAUGGGCUUCGAAACCUCGAGGACCUGCACUUGCAGGACAACGGGCUGCGGGAGCUGCGGGGCCACGAGUUUGUCGGCCUCGAGGCGCUGCGCACGCUGCGUCUUGAGCGCAACCGGCUGAGCGUCAUUUCGAACGAGACCUUCCUGGGGCUGCGCUCGCUGGCGAGCCUGCGUCUGCAGAGCAACCGACUGACUACCCUGGGCCUAUGGUCGCUGCCUGGCAGCCUCAAGAUCGGCCUCGCAGACAACCCCUGGAGCUGCGACUGCGACUUCGUGCGCGAGUACCGCGAGUGGUCGAGCGGGCCGACGGUGCGCGUUCUCGACGCCGCGGAGCUGCGCUGCCUCGAGAGCCGGAACGGCAGCGAGGCCCGCGGCUUCUCGCUGCUCAGCGGCAGAGGCAUCGAGGGCAACAACGGCUCCAUCUGCGCCGAGCUCGACAGCAUCGAGAGCAACCUGUCCGCCGCGGCCGGCAACUUCACCAAGACCAUCAUCGAGCGCCAGGCCCUCGAGGACUACCUGCCGCUCUUGGUGAGCACGCUCGUCGCAUUCCUGCUGCUCCUGCUCAUCUGCAUGCUGGGCUUCUUCUUCCGGCACGAGAUGCGCGUCUGGCUGCACUCGCGCUUCGGCGUGCGGCUCUUCUACCGGCACGCCGACGUCGACCGCGACGACCGGGACAAGCUGUUCGACGCCUUCGUCAGCUACAGCUCCAAGGACGAGGCGUUCGUCGCCGAGGAGCUCGCCCCGGUCCUCGAGAUGGGCAACCCCUCGUACAAGCUCUGCCUGCACUACCGCGACUUCCCCGUGGGCAGCUUCAUCGCCGACACGAUCGUGCAGGCCGUCGAGUCGUCGCGGCGCACGAUAAUGGUGCUCUCGGAGAACUUCAUCAAGAGUGAGUGGUGCCGGUUCGACUUUAAGUCGGCGCACCACCAGGUGCUGCGCGACCGCCGGCGCAGACUCAUCCUCGUGCUGGUGGGCGACGUGCCGCAGCGCGAGCUCGACCCGGACAUCCGGCUGUACCUCAAGACCAACACAUACCUGCAGUGGGGCGACAAGCUCUUCUGGGAGAAGCUGCGCUUCGCCCUGCCGGACGUGCCCAACAACCAGCGGGCGACCAGCCAGAGGAGGCAGCCGCCGCCGGUGCGACGACAGCACAACAACCAGACGUCCAGCGCGGCCGAGCGCUCGAGGACGCUCGCCGUGCACAUCUAGUGACUCGAGACUGUGACUUCUUUCGCCUGCUUCGUCGGCUUGAUCUUGUGCUGCGUGUACCGCGCGCGCGCGAAACCGGGCGAAAGCGCGAGAGCGAGAUUGAGAGAGAUUGAGAGAGUACACGGAGACUGAAUGUCCGAGAGCGAGACUGGCAGCCUUGCGUGUGCGUCGUGUACAAGUGCAAUAGGAGCCGCCGCGAGUGCAUGUGCUUCGUGACGUGUAAAUAAAGAAGAAGUGUAAAGUUAUCUUCUUGUGUGCGGGCUUUCUGGCGGUGUGAGUUUCGCGUGUAACGCGAAGUCGUCGCUGUGUACGUGGUGCGUGCGAGUGCUGCUGCUGCUGCUGCUGCUGCCGCCGCCGUUGUUGUUGUUGUUGUUCUUGUUGGCGGAAGCUUGCCGAGAGCGCGUAAGCGGUUUAUGUGUAGAAAAUGUAAAAUACGUCUCGCCGAGAUUGAUACAAGUGCAUUGUGCGUGGCACGCUAAAGUCUGUAAAUAUAUGUCUAGCCGAUAUUGUACGCGUAUGGUUGUAAUAUUCGACGCGGAUGCGCGAGACUCUUCUCCCUCGUCUCCCAAUUAAACUGCGUCGCGCGGCGGAGAGAGGGAAAAGAGUCGCCCUCGUUGUGCUGUCGGGGAUGAACGAGCGAGCCGGCGGUCGUCGGCUUCCGAGACGUUGAGAUUCCAGCUGCUGUUAUGUCGUUACGUCGGACACUUGUUCGAAUUUCGCGCGCUCCUACGCUCUACAUAAAUCGACACGUUGCACAAGCGAAAGGAGAGCGCAAUCUCGAUCGCGAAGGGGCAGCCAGCUCGCUCAAUUCCUCUCGAUAAUGGACACGUGCUGGGGGAAAAAAAAAUAUAUAUAUAUAUGAGAGCUUCGAGGGGAGCCAGACUCCGUUCACGGUGAUAUAACUUUCUAAUGAAUUUUGUAUUAGGACUGCACCGCGUGAUUCUGGACGCGCUGUAAGCGAGUCUAGCGCGGAUGAAUUUUCGAGGACUGUAUACACGCAAAGCGUCGACCCGUCCAUAUACGUAUAAAUUUAUACAUAUAAAUAGUGUCUGUAAAGUAUAUCGCGCCACUUACUAUCUAUAGUAUUUAUUUUCGCUGCUGCGCAAAUGUUACUGCGUUACUGCGCCCCUGCGAGUGAGUAAAAAAGUGUAAACGCUUUACUUAUCGUCAAUUUAUUUUUACUUCUCGUUUGUAAAUUUUGUAAAAUACGAGCGAAAACCAUAUAGAAUGUAUAAAAAAUAAAAAAAUUACACACAUACACGCGCGAAAACAGGAACGUGAUCGACUGAAGUCUUCUGUGUAAGAGUCGAGGCAGGACGUUGGCCCUUGUCCCCGUGCACCGAUGCGGCUGGUCUUUUUCUGUUUUUAUUCGUGCGCCGCACGUGCACGGGGUUGAGGGAUAAAACGCCGCCGCGAGCGGGCUCUCCGUGGAGUUGAAAUUCGAAAACCGUGCGGAGAAGUUGUUGGAAAAUAUGCGCGCACACACACACAAAAAAAAAAGAAGGAGAAACAAAUGAAAGAGAAAAUAAAAACUUCUAUU